AUGAGGACAAGAUCCGCAGUUAAAAAAUUACUAGCUAAUAAAAGAUAUAAUUUAGAGGAUGAUGGGCUUUCAGAUGUAUCUACUAUAUCAGUACUUUCAGAACCUUCAAAAACAGACUAUAACUCAACAAGUAAUCGCAACAAAUUAUAUGGAAAAAAAGUAGAAAAUAUUCUUAAAAAUGUAGAUAAUAAUAAUAAAAGGUGUAAUAAUUCCAAAAAUAAAAUUGCGAAAAUCAAACAAACCACUGGAAUCAGAGUACCUAGAAUGAGUCAGUUCUUUAGACAAUUAGAUAAUUAUAAAAUGUUCAUAUAUAUUAUAUUAUUCGUUUUUAUUAUAACUAUGGGAACUUUUUUUGAUUAUAACUGGAUUAAACAAAAUAAUAUUAAAUUAUUUAAUAUAGAAUACUUAUAUGAUGAAAUUCAAACACUAAAGCUAAAACUUAAAAGAAUUUAUUCUAAUACAAAUACUGAUCAUAAACAUCAAUGUUGUGAAAUAAAUAGAAAAUAUAUUAUUGGACUAAAUAAAAAACUCAGUUGGAUAUCAUCAUAUAUAGGUUUUACCCCUAAUGGAAAAAAUAUAAAGGAUUUUGAUUAUUAUUGGACCUAUGAAAAUAUGAAUAACUUAACAAAUCAAAUAUUUAAUCUUCAAUCAGACUUAAAUCAGUUAAAUAAUACUAUUAGAAUAGGAAUUCAACAUAUAAAUAACCAGAUAAUGGAAUAUACAAAAUUAAAUAUACAAAAACCUAAAUAUCAACUUGACCAAAGAGUUUUAGAUAAUAUAACAUAUAUUAAUAAUAAAUUAUCAGAAAUUAAAAAUGAAAAUAUUAUUAUAGAUAAAGAUAUUAACAAUAUAUAUAAUGAGCUUCAAAUUUUAGAUCAGACACAACAAGCUUUAAGAGAAAUGAUAUGGUCAAUGAUUCAACGUAAUGAAGAUAAAGUUUUUCAUAAUUCUGAAAUUUCAACAUAUAAAAACUUAUCAAAUGAAAAUUUGUUAAAUUUUCAAAAUAUUGAAGUUAUUAUUCAAAAAAUGAUACAACAAAGGCUUGACCUAGAUGAUACAUCAAUGAUUGAUUGGGCUCAAGUUUCAUUAGGUAGUAAUGUAAUUGAACCUAAAAAAAACAAAACUUGUUUAGAUCAAUUUAAUAAUUAUUAUUAUGUACCAAAUAUUAUAAAUAUAUUAAAAUGGUCAAUAGAUAAAGUAAAAUAUCAUAUAUUUUAUAAAUAUUCUGAUAGGGAUAAUGAAAUUUUAUAUAAUAAUCAUAAAUAUUGUAUCAACCCAAAUACUAUAAUAACCUCAAAUCAUAAAUCAAUUGGUGAAUGUCUCACAAUUAAAACUGGUUCUCAAAUCAUAAUUAAAUUAUCAGUUCCUAUUAAUAUUACUAUGAUAGGUAUUGAUCAUAUAUUAUAUCCAUUAGAUUAUGAUCAUGGACAAACAGUCCCAAGAAAUAUAUCAGUAUAUUGUAUAAAUGAUAUAAUUAAAGAAAAAAAUUAUAGAAAACAAAAUUAUAUAGGAUCAUUUAUUUAUAAAUAUCCUCAACCAAGUCAAAAAUUACAAUUAUUUAAUGUAAAAAAUUUUCUAGUAUGUAAUAAGGCAAAAUUUAUUAUUCAUUCAAGUUAUGGUACUAAUAAAGUAUGUAUAUAUAGAUUAAGAAUAUUUGGAUAUCCAGUAUUUCCAUCUUAUCUUAAUAGUAAUAAUAAUAUUCAAAUUAUUAAUCAAUAUAUAUAUAAAUAUAUUAAAAUUGUUGUAUAUCAUUUUUAUAAAUGGUUAAUAUAUCUCCCAAACAAAUUAUUUGAAAUUAAUAAUGAUAAACAAAAUAAUUCCUCUAAUAAUUAUCAUAUCAAUAAGAAUAUUGAAAAUUAUAAUAUAUCUAAAAGAAAUUCCUAUAAAAAUUCUAAUUUACUAAAUUAUAAUGAAAAAUAUAAAAAUCCCACUCUAUAUAAUAAUAACAAAAUUUAUGAAAAUUCUAAUCAAACUAUUAAAAAAAAUCGCCAAAGAACAUUUUUGUAA